AUGUUUACGCCGCAGAAGGGGUGGACAGGUUGGUCCCUGACGCCGAAGAGCGGGGUUCGAGGUGGAACCGGGUCGGGUUCGGAUUUAGGUCCGAAUUCGGGAGAUGGGGCUAGCGCGAAGGAGAAAGGUGUCGUCGCAGUAGUUGAGAAUGGCGGGAACAACUUGGAUCGCGAGGUUUUGGUUGAGAGUGUUUCGAGCCUCGAGAAAGAGCUUUAUGAAUACCAAUUCAACAUGGGACUUCUCUUGAUUGAGAAAAAAGAAUGGAAUUCUAAGUAUACUGAACUAAGUCAAGAUUUGGUAGAAGUGAAGGAUGCUCUAGAACGGGAAAAAGCUGCCCAUUUAAUUGCACUAUCUGAGGCAGAGAAGCGAGAAGAGAAUCUAAGGAAGGCCUUGGGUGUUGAGAAAGAGUGUGUUCUUGAUCUUGAGAAGGCUCUGCGAGAAAUGCGGUCAGAAAAUGCUAAAAUUAAAUUUACAGCGGACUCAAAGUUGGCUGAAGCAAAUGCUUUAGUAGUUAGCAUUGACGAGAAAUCUUUAGAAGUGGAAGCCAAAUUACGUUCUGCUGAUGCCAAAUUUGCAGAAAUCAGCAGAAAGAGUUCAGAGUUUGAUAGGAAAUCACAAGAGCUGGAGUCUCAAGAAUCUGCACUUCGAAGGGAUCGGUUAUCCUUCAUUGCAGAGCAAGAAGCACAUGAGAGUACAUUGUCCAAGCAGAGAGAAGACUUGCGGGAAUGGGAGAAGAAACUACAGGAAGGUGAAGAGAGGCUGGCCAAGGGUCAAAGAAUUAUCAACGAAAGAGAGCAAAGGGCUAAUGAGAAUGAUAGACUAUGCCGACAGAAAGAGAAGGACCUUGAGGAGGCACAGAAGAAGAUUGAUGCAACUAAUGUAACACUGAGAAAUAAAGAGGAUGAUGUGAACAAUAGGCUUGCGGAUAUAGCUCUAAAAGAGAAGGAAUAUGAUUCUCUGAGAAUAAAUUUGGAUCUUAAAGAAAAGGAGUUAUCUGCAUGGGAGGAAAAGCUCAAUGCUAAAGAAAAAGUUGAGAUGCAAAAGCUUCUUGAUGAACACAACACUCUUCUUGAUGCGAAAAAGCAGGAAUUUGAGGUGGAAUUGAAUGAGAAAAGAAAAUCCUUUGAAGAUGAAUUGAAGGGUAAAUUGGUGGAAGUGGAAAAAAAAGAAGCUGAAAUCAGUCACAUGGAGGAGAAAGUUGGAAAACGGGAACAAGCAUUGGAAAAGAAAGCAGAGAAACUUAAAGAGAAAGAGAAGGAGUAUGAACAAAAAGUAAAAGCUUUGAAGGAGAAGGAGAAAUCUAUUAAAUUCGAGGAAAAAUGCUUGGAGACUGAGAAAAAGAAAAUAGAAAGUGAGAGAGAGGAAUUGGUCACACAUAAGGCUGAAGUUGAGAAAAUAAGAAGCAAUAAUGAACAAGAAUUGUUGAGGAUAACUGGAGAGAUUGGUCGUCUUAAAGUGACCGAGGAGGAGAGGUCUGAAUACCUGCGUUUGCAGUCACAAUUGAAGCAUGAAGUUGAUCAGUACAGACAUCAGAAAGAGCUGCUUCUGAAGGAAGCUGAAGACUUAAGACAACAGAAAGAGACUUUUGAAAGAGAAUGGGAUGAGCUAGAUCUGAAGAGAGCAGAUGUUGAGAAAGAGCUGAAAAGUGUGAUUCAACAGAAGGAAGAAAUUCUGAAGCUACAACAAUUUGAAGAAGAAAAGUUAAAGAGUGAGAAGCAGGCCACUCAGGACUAUGUGCAAAGGGAGUUAGAAGCUCUUGCGAUGGCUAAAGAAUCAUUUGCUGCAGAAUUGGAGUUGGAGAAGUCAAGCCUAGCUGAAAAAGCUCUAAGUCAAAGAAACCAAAUGCUUCUGGAUUUUGAGCUACAGAAAAAGGAACUUGAAGCUGAUAUGCAGAAUCAGUUAGAGCAGAAGGAAAAGGACUUGAUUGAGAGAAAGAAGUUAUUUGAAGAAAAAAGAGAGAGUGAAUUAAACAACAUUAACUUCUUGAGAGAAGUAGCUAAUAGAGAAAUGGAUGAAAUGAAGCUUCAAAGAAGUAAGUUAGAAAAGGAGAAACAAGAAGCUGAUGAGAAUAAAAAACAUCUUGAAAGGCAAAGGAUGGAAAUGCAAGAGGACAUAGAUUUACUUGUUGACCUCAAUAGAAAGCUGAAAAAUCAGAGGGAACAAUUUAUUGUGGAAAGACGACGCCUUAUAGAAUUUGUUGAGAAACUUCGCAGUUGCCAGAACUGUGGAGAAAUGAUCUCUGAAUUUGUGCUAUCUGAUUUACAAUCCUCUGUGGACAUUGAGAACUUAGAGGUGCCUUCUCUUCCAAAAUUGGCAGGUGAUAUUAUACUGCGUGAUUCUAAUGAAAAUUUAGUUUCUUCAAGGCAAAAUAUUGGAGUGUCUCCUGCAACAGAUCCAAAGUCACCUGUUUCUGUUGGCACUAUAUCUUGGCUACGAAAAUGUACCUCUAAGAUUUUUAAAAUCUCCCCUAUUAAGAAGUUUGAAUCUGAAGAUUCCGGUACUUUAAGAGAUGUUGUGACUUUGUCUGUUGAGAAAACUAAUAUGGAAGAUUCACCAGGAAGAAUUCCUGGUCAUGAGAAUGAAGCAGAGUUGUCAUUUGCUGUUGUAAAUGAUUCUUUUGAUGCUCGGAGGGUACAAUAUGGCAAUGAUAUCGCAGAGGUUGAAGCUGAUCAUGAUCCAUCAGCUGAAAACCAGAGCAAUGUUGACAGUAAAGCACCAGAAGAUUCAAAAGAUGGGCAGCAGAAACCCCGCAGGGGAGGGGGAAGAACCAGGGUAAAGCGCACACACACUGUGAAAGCUGUUCUCAAAGAGGCCAGGGCUAUACUUGGGGAAGCUGCUGAAUUAUUACCUGGGGAAUCUGUGGAUGAUCACGAGACCGAGUUUCCUAAUGGAAAUGCUGAGGACUCUGCCAAUGUGAAUUCUGAAAGUCAGAGACCAUCCAAUAGAAGAAUACCAAAUGUCAGGAAGCGAAAUUGGGUUCAAACAUCACAAAUGACUGUGAGCGGGCAAGAUGGUGAUGCCAGUGAAGGGCAUUCUGAUAGCCAAAUACCAGGGCAGCGCAAAAGAAGGCGACAGAAGAAGGCUGCUGCUCCACCUGCACAAACUGCUGUUGAAACAAGAUAUAAUUUGAGACGACCCAAAACUGGAGCAAUGACUUCAUCUGCCAGAGCUAUGUCUGGUGGUGGCAAAGAAAGUCAGGGAGAGGUUGAUCGUGGAAAAGAUACAGAAGAGGAAAUUGUUGACUCAAAAGUUUCUCAUUCACAUUCGGUGGGCAUUACUAACGAGAAUGCUGGAAGCGUACAUCUUGCUGAGCAGUCUAUGAAAGUUGUUGAGACAAGGGAAGGUUAUGGUGGUGAUACAACAGGGACCCUUGCGAACAAUAUAAACUUGAGUGAAGAGGUGAACGGAACCGCGGAUGAUGCGGAGGAGAAUGAUGCCGAGUAUAGGAGUGAAUCCCACGGGGAAGACGCUGGUGGAGUUGACAACGAGGACGAUGAAGAUUACCUACAACCUGGUGAAGCUUCAAUAGGGAAGAAGCUUUGGAAUUUUUUUACAACAUGA